CGGGAUUUGUCUUUGACUCCACAAUUUGUCUCGCGCCCCGUUUCCUGACGUCCAGCGGUUUCGCUUUCUAGCUUUCUCUCCGGUGUGCAUACGCUUGACGAACACAGCUUCUGCGUGUGUCCUUUUCUUUGUGCGUGAACGUUUUCAUGACGCAGCGCUGAAGAGAGAGUUUCACGCGUGGUACACUCGCUUUUCUGUUUCCGUUCUCUUCCUUCCUGCUCUCUUCACCAGUUUCUGCAGGAAUGGGCUUCUCCCACCUUCGUCUUUCCGUCCGCUUUACUGUUUCCGCUGCAGAGCUACCCCCAGCGUCUCUGCCGAUCUCAGCUGCCAACUUCGAACCCCAAAGCGUCACUUUUUUUCUCUUUUCGCUGAGUCGUCUUUCUCCCCCUUCUCUUCUGUGACCUGGUCUUCUCCUUAGCGCGCCGUCACGCGUCCCUAUCGACUGAAGAAGUCCACUUCUCAGCUGUCCAUCGCCUCGAGGAUACACAACUGUCUUUUCCCCGGAAAAGUCAGUCGUUCCUCGCUCGCCCCCGCUCGUCGUGCCGCUCUUCUUCUUGUCUCUUUCCCCGGCCUUUCUCGUCGCACUCUGGUCAUAUCUCCAAAACUUGCGUCUGCGACGAAGCGUCGCUUCCUGGCCCGCGAGGAGUGGAUCUUUCUCUGCAGCUUCCAGUCGCCUUUCUCACUCUUCUUAAGAGAAACUCGAAAUCCUUCGUCCACCAAGCAGAGACGUGCGUCUUUUUAUUUUCGAAAAGAUGGCGGAGACCCACACCGUAGGGGCAGACCUAUCGAAGGACGGCGUAGCUGCUCCGGCGCUCGAGGUUGAGACGAAAACAGAAGGAAACUCUUCGUCCGUUUCCGAGAACGCAGAGAAGAAAGAAGGAACCGGAGACAAGACUGGAAAGGAUCGAGGGGCUCUCACCUCUCAAGGCCAACUGAUUUCGCUCAUGCGAGAAAUGCGCGUGAGCAAUAAAGGCGUCUCACCGCCCUUCGCGCCACACACCUUCUGGGAUACCCAGCCAGUCCCGAAACUGAACGAACCUAAGGAAGGAAAAGAAGGGCCGAUCGAGACGAAAACUGUCGACCAAGUGCGCUCCGAGCCGUACAAGCUCCCCGAUGGCUUUGUCUGGUGCGAGUGCGACGUGAGGGAUCCUGAGGAGCUGAAGGAGGUGUACGAUCUUCUCAGUCAACACUACGUGGAAGACGACGACAAUUUAUUUCGCUUUAAUUAUUCUGCGGACUUUCUCGACUGGGCGCUCACAGCUCCAGGUUGCCAUCGCGAUUGGGUCAUUGGCGUCCGAGUCUCCUCGACGAACAAGCUUGUUGGCUUCAUCACCGCGACGCCCUCGCAGAUUCGCGUCUUCUCCGACAGCGUUCCGAUGGCCGAAGUGAAUUUUCUUUGCGUACACAAAAAGCUUCGGUCCAAGCGUCUUGCGCCGGUUCUCAUCAAGGAAAUCACAAGACGCGUGAACCUCCGCAGCAUCUGGCAGGCUGUCUAUACAGCAGGCGUGGUGCUCCCAACUCCCGUAGCCCAGUGUCGCUACUGGCAUCGAUCCCUGAAUCCAAAAAAAUUAAUUGAAGUCGGCUUCAGCGGACUCAGCGAGCGGAUGACCAUCAGCAGAUCCAUAAAACUCUACCGUGUGAAAGAAAGUCCCUCGACUCCCGGACUCAGACCUGCGAAACCGGAAGAUGUGCCUCACAUUCACAAACUUCUGUCGAACUACUUAAGGAAUUUCAAACUUCACUGCGAAUUCACACAAGAGGAAGUCGCUCACUGGCUUCUUCCGAGAGAAGGCGUCGUUCACGUGUACGUACGCACCAGCACGAAAGGAACGGUGACGGACUUAAUCUCCUUCUACGAACUUCCGUCGUCAGUCAUUGGCAACCAGAAAUACAAGGAAAUCAAGGCUGCUUACUCUUUUUACAACGUGGCGACGACUGUCCCCUUGAAGCAACUCAUCGAAGACGCCCUCUGUCUAGCCAAGCAGCUAGACUUCGACGUUUUCAACGCUCUGGAUGUGAUGGAGAAUAAAUCUUUCGUCGAGGACUUGAAGUUUGGAAUUGGAGAUGGAUUUUUGCGUUACUACAUUUACAACUGGCGCUGCCCGGAAAUGAAGCACAGCGAUGUAGGACUCGUUCUGCUGUAGCCUGUCGAGACAGCCGAGGCAGCGGGGGAAGUUUCGGUUUCCGGCUUCGCGGACUGUCCUACUUUUAUUUUUUUGCCUGUUUUCUCGCUUUCUCUUCCGCCGUCGCAUCUUGGCAAAGCUCGAAGGCACAGACGUUUCUCCCUCCAGGUCUCUUCCCCCCCUUCCGCUUCUCGCUCUUCGCGACGAAUUGUGCGUCUUGUGAGUGUCACCUUCUCUUUUCUUCUUUUUUCUGCGCCUCUUUCUCGUUUUUCUUCUCCCUCCCGCGUGUGUCUCCGCCGCUCUGGGCCGUCUGUCGGCUUCGACCGACUCUUUCCUUCUGCAACUGAACCCGGUUCGUUUAAGUCGGCUCUCGGUGAAAUCGCAUUUCUCCUUGACAGUGAGAUAAGCGCUUUUCUUCUCUCCGUGAACGAAGCAGAAGGUGACGGACAGGGGAGGAAAACGAGGGAGCGAUAAACGCCGUUUCCUUUGCUGUCAAACACUGGCGGCAAGUCCCCUGGCGCGCAGCUUCGAAAAUAGAGAGGCGCGCAUCGAUAUAUCAAAUGAUCCCUCCUCUGUCGACACGAGAGUAAACUCCCCCCAGAUCGACCGCCGAGCGACUCAGAGCUUCACCACAAAACAGGACCCAUGCCGCCUCUCGAAUUAGGGCGUCUCUCGUCUCUCGUUCAAAGUCGAGCGUCUCUCGCUGUGCCUAGGUCAACUGUGAGGCGAUUACCGCUUCUUCCGCACAGAGACUGCGGAGGGUUUAAGUGUUUUCUCACUUAACGGAUUCAAACGUUUCAAAUUUUUGACAACAGCAGCUGAGCCUCCUUUUUGUUGUGCAAGUUUGUAGAGCCUCUUCUAGCUACCCUCUCCCUCCAAAUGGAUUUCACGCAAAACCUGAAAGUCACAGAAACCUGUGACUUUUUCGACGGUUCCACGUCGCCAGACCCGAGCGGCUCUGCGCCUGGCUGGUCUCCAGCAAGAAGGACGUUGCACUGAGAGACUGACGACGCGAGCAUGCGCGAGAGAGAGACAUUCUCGAGACACUGACGAACGCUGCACCUUCCUCAGGUGUCUCCUUUGCCCGGCCCCUUGCCGAGGUCUCCGAAGCACGUACUUUUUCUGAAAAAACUUUUCGAGAGGCCUUUUUCUCGGAGCGCCAGAAUCGCCUGUGCGACUGCGACGAGACGCCGCGCGCGGACACUCAAAUGAGACAAAAAAUCGGGGAAAAAAAACAAAAGUCAAGAAAUGCAGACACUCUAGAUGUCUCAAGAGGCCAAGACCACACCCUCGGUACAUGCACAUACACACACAUAUAUCUAUAUAUACAUAUAUAUAUCUAUAUAUACA